AGAGAAGAAGAAGAAAAAAAAAAAAAAAAAAAUCCCACGGAAUUUGCUAACUUGAACGCUACUUCCAGUAAGGCAGUAACUGGCACCACAAACAGCAGACUCUUGGCAAGCCCAAUCAUGAUGCCUUUCCAGAUCUACAGCAAUUCCCUCCUCAUCUUUGGUAGAUGUUCCUCCCCCAGACAACUCUCCCUGUGAAAACAAUGGCCGUCCGGUGAUUCGGGCUUCGAAAACAUGGAGACCCAACUUAAAGACCUUCAUCCUACUCAAGGCCAACGCCAACCCAAGCCCGAGCUCUCCGAACGAUCCGAAUCCAUCCACUACGAGGGCUCCACCAAAGAUGACCGCUCGCUCCUCAAGCCUGAGUCCUCCUCCUCCUCCUCCUCCAUCCUUUUUUCCAACGAGAGCCCCGAGGAGCUGGAGAAGAAGUUCGCUGCUUUUGUUCGACAUGACGCGUACGGACCAAUGGGACGCGGCGAGCUGUCCUUGGAGGAGAAGGUCCUGCCUGCCAUCGCGUGGGUGUUCCUGGUGCCGAUACGCGUGGUCUUCGCCAUCAGCCUGCUGCUUUUGUACUACGUGAUAUGCCGGAUUUGCACGCUGUUCUCGGCGCCGAAUCGGGACGACGAUGAGCAGGAGGAUUAUGCGCACAUGGGCGGCUGGAGGAGGGCUGCAAUUGUCCAGUGUGGGAAGUUCCUUUCCAGGAUCAUGCUUUUCGUUUUCGGUUUUUAUUGGAUCAAAGAGACGUUCCGAAUUCCUGACAAUGACGACAAGUCAUCUGCCGCUUUGAAUGAGGUCAAAGAUGUGUGUGAAGAGCCUGAAAGACCUGGGGCAAUUAUAUCUAACCAUGUCUCCUAUAUAGACAUAUUGUAUCACAUGUCUUCAUUCUUCCCGAGCUUUGUUGCUAAGCGAUCAGUGGCUAAACUUCCUCUAGUUGGUCUCAUCAGCAAGUGCCUUGGUUGUGUUUAUGUUCAGCGGGAGUCAAAGUCAUCUGACUUCAAGGGUGUUUCAGGUGUUGUGACUGAAAGAGUUAAAGAAGCUCAUCAAGACAAGUCUGCUCCAAUAAUGAUGCUUUUUCCUGAAGGCACAACUACAAAUGGAGACUUCCUCCUGCCAUUCAAGACAGGUGCAUUUUUAGCAAAAGUGCCAGUGCUUCCAGUGAUCCUACGGUAUCCUUUCCAAAGAUUUAGUCCUGCCUGGGAUUCAAUAUCUGGGGUGAGACAUGUCAUUUUUCUUCUCUCUCAAUUUGUAAAUCACUUAGAGGUGAUUCGAUUACCUAUUUACUACCCCUCGCAGCAAGAAAAGGAUGAUCCAAAACUUUAUGCCUACAAUCUUAGAAGGUUGAUGGCAAGUGAGGGCAAUUUGAUUUAUUCAGAUAUCGGGCUGCCCGAAAAAAGGAUCUAUCUUGCUGCUCUCAAUGGUAAUAAUAGCCUGCCUAGUGUUUUGCAUCAGAAAGACAAUUGAUAAUUUCAUGGCUUCGCCCCCAAAUGAUAUCUUGUCCCAGUUUGUUAUGCCAACACUAAUUCGGAGCUAUCUGUUAUAUCUUUGUAUGGUUAUGUUAUUUAUUGAAAAACAAAUUGGAAGUGUAUACAGAAAUCAUGUGCUGAACAAGUAUCUCUAUGGUCCGAUGUGUUUGAACACUCCUCAAUUAUAUGAUCAGAACACUAUUCUAAAUGGUUGAACACUCCUCAAUUAUUACA